AUGGAGAGCCUUCUGAAAGGGAGAAUGAGACAACACACGAAUCUUCACAACGCCCAUGAAACGUGGGAUGACUCUAUACCGGAUGAAACGAGUGUUGGUCCUGCAACUGAGCAUUCCAGUUCACCCGAUGAUCAGUCGCGCCAGUGUGCUGAACCUCCGCCAGCCAUUAGAAAGCCCGCGAACAUGCCGCUUCCCGGCCGCAUACCGGGAGAUACGAAAGACUUCGAAGACUCCCGCCGCGAGAACAAGAGCGAGGGUAAAGCGGUACAGAUUGCACACCAUCCGGCCGAUGACAACGACAAGAUAGAAUGGAUAGCGACGAUGAGGAUAUCCAACACAUCGCGGCUCCCAAAUUCGGUCGAGACAAAGUAUCACUGA